CGAGAUACAAACAAUGGCGAGCGUCUGCCUUGACGCCGGGACGGAACUGGAGGGACGGGAUUGACAUAUGUGCCUCUGUGUCGGAAAUCUCCAGGCGUGCCAUUUGGGUACUGAAGUACAAGACUGCAUUACAUCCAGGGGGCUCGGCUUAUUUUGACGCGCUUGCAAGCACGAGUCCAUACCCGUUGUUCGGCACAGGAAGUGGAGGGCCUCGCGCUCCUUUGAGGUGUCUGUGUCACGUAGUGUUGUGAGCAGAACCAGUCCUGCCGUCAGAGCUGGCAGAACUUGGCAGGACCUUGGCAAAGAUGCUGAUGGCACUCCAACAUUGAUGAUGAGACUACGUGCACUAGCCGGAUAGUGGAUCAGUGGUGGUCCAUUCUCAUUCAACCACUCCUGCCGGCAUUAGUCUCACACAGCAGGUUCGCAAACUCAAAUGCUCUCCCUUCUAGUGAAAUUAAUCUCGAGCUGUUUGGCAACCUGUAUCAACAUCACCGCUGGAGCCCUCGAGAGAUCAAAGAUUACAAACGACCAAGGUUCUAGUGUGGCGGGCAUCAUCUCAGGAGUCUACGAUCAUCAAGAAGCUGCGCAUGAUGUCGAUGAAUGCCGGCAAGAUCAAUCGUCGAUCAUCAGCGAUGUUCAUAUCUGCACGGAUCUUGCUGAGUUUCGACAACGUCUGUUGACGUUCUGUCUAUAGACUUAACGGAAGUAGGAUCCCCCUUUAUCAGAACCUACUUCCGACAAGUGAAUUGAGAGGAUGACAUCCGGACUUAGACAUUGCAGAGAGCCUGGAGUACAUCUCGAGUUCUGCUACAUUCUGUCCAGGAGGUUCUAUCAUCUGCCUGGCAGUACUAGCGCCAGUUCUGC